UCUUGAGAGGCCUCAGGUUGUGACGUAGAUGAUAAAGCUAACAGCACUUUGGGCCCUUGUUCACAUUUCUGCACCCAUCGUCCAGAGAGAGAAAGUCAGCAGCACUUUUAGGCUUUCACUAAAAUCUCUCACAUAACUGGAUAAAAAAAUACAUCUAUGAAUUGUAAAGUCCUUCAUUUAACACAGAUUCCACCAACAUCUUCAAUCCACAUUCAACACUAAGGAAUAAGAAAGAAGGAGCUGCAUGCAAAAUCCCUUUUGGCCAUUCGACAAAGAAAUUAAAACUAACCAUGACGACUAAGAUGGAAACGCUUGAUCCUUCAGCUCUAGCAGACGUGGCUUCUACCGUCACCUACGACCCUAAAUCUGAGACAGUGAUCUUACCAGAAGGGGUCGUCUCAGUGGCGGGCAUCACAGUGAUGACGGGGGGUGUUGAGCUUUCCUGUGGAUCCUGCAUGAUGGCGUUUGGUUUUUGGGGAACUCUCAUCGGCUUCAGUUGUAUCUCUGUGGGGCUGUGGGACCAGCUGACCCAGUCUAAAGGUGGAACCUCUCACUUACUGGGACUUGGACUUGUGAUUCUGGCCCUCAGCUUCGUGAUGGUGGGAAGCGUGGUGGCGUUUUACCUGCUGACGAGGAAAAAGAGAGAGAUGACAAGAGAGGAGAGAGAGGAUGGAAAAGAAGUUCUUGUAGAGAGUGGGAGGGUGAUUAAAAAAGUCACGGUGUAAAGAAUUAGCGACAGAAUAUCAGAGAAAUCGAUGUCAAGUUUGCAUAAAAUUUUGUAUGGACCUUUCUGUAAAUAAUAGACAGCCAUAUUGGGCAGGAAACACAUUGUAAUCUUUUAAAAAGUCCCUGCUUUUCCCUUUAUCAUAUGAUCUAAAUUAUGUAGAAAUGCAAUUCCUGUUUUCAUAAGAAAAUAUCCCCUCCAUUUUAUGAUACUCUCUACUUCCCCUCCUCUACAUUUUAAAAGAAACUAUUCUUUUUACUGCAGUAUAUCUCAUAUAUAUCUAUUUUAACUCACUUAGUUUGAUUAUCAAGAUUUUACGUACAAAACAUAUGAUCAACCUGUAUGUUUUGUUUUGUAUAAUUUAUUGGAUUGUUAUAGAUUAAACUACAUAGUAGUAUAUAAAGUGGUUAAAUAUAAUACUCUGAAAGGGGCAAUUCUGCUGCAUGAUAAAUAUGUUUUGGGUUUUUUUUACCCACAAUGCCUAUAUUUUCUUUAAUCUCACAACUGGUAAUUUGACAUGUACUAUUUAGGCAGAUUGUAUAAAGUAUGUUAUAAAUGGACUACAUGUAAAAUGUGUCCCAUUUGUGUUAAGAUAAGAUAAGAUAAGAUAAGAUAAGAUAAGAUAAGAUAAUCCUUUAUUAGUCCCACAGUGGGGAAAUUUCCAACA